AUGGUUUCGGCAUCACGGAGCAGCAUCCUUGACGGCUUCAAGCUAACACGGGUACUCGAUCAAGAUCCCAAGCUCAAGUCUGCUAACCUCUUGGGAGAGUUCUCCACCACCAGUUCCGAUGGCACUGCGGCAAUCGAACAGGCGAUCCUCAUCGUCGAAAAGACGCACUUUUCAGAGACAUUGUACGAGCGCCUCAAGCGGCCAUACGCUCAACCUGCUUCGGAAAGGGCAAACAAGCAGAUCAAAGUGACGGAACACGACUCUGCUGCAUCCACGAGCUCAGACCACACGCCCAUCUUCUCGUCGCUCAGCGACCUCGGUCAGAAUGACAUUUACACGUGGCUUCUUGCAUGGUUUCACCGCCCGCAACUAACAGCCGGCGCUGAAGUAGAUGCCGACGUGAAGAUCACGCUGAUCAGGCCAGCAACGCAGACGCACAUCGACAAGUACUCUGCGCAGCGCAAGAUCAUGGUCUACGAGACACCCGAGAUGUACCAGCAAAAGGUGCUGCCGUGGAUCGAAUCGUUUCCGCCAUCGCGCAUCCAGUGGGUUUAUAACAUCUUGGAGCACAAGAAGGAAGCAGACAGCAUCCUGUUCGAGGAUCCAGAUCCGGAAAAGGGCUUUAUUAUCGUGCCCGAUCUCAAAUGGGAUCAGAAGACCACGUCAAGCCUCUAUAUCCAGGCCAUUGUGCACAACAGAGAGCUGAGGAGCAUUAGAGAUCUCACGAAGGAGCAUGUAGAGCUGCUGGAGAAAGUCAAGACCGAGGCAAGCAGGGUUGCUUUUGAAAAAUAUGGGCUGGUGGGGAGAGACAAUACUGCACAGGGCAAUGUGCGCUGCUUUCUGCAUUACCAUCCGAGCUAUUACCAUUUACACGUCCACAUCCUAGCUUCGAGCUUUACAUCGCAUCCAGGUGCCGUGGUGGGUCAAGCGCACUUGCUCGACGACGUGGUCGAUCUGCUCAAGCUUGGCGUCGACAUGAAGCAACGCACAUUGGGAUAUUCACUCGGAACCAACAGCAAGCUGUGGGCUGUCCUUUCUCCUUAG